CAUCCUCAUCGCUUCUCUUCACUUUCUUUUCUGUCUUUGCCGGACUAGGAUGCCCACAACGAUAGUGGCUCUUUGCGGUCUCUUUCUGUUCUCAUUUGUAACAUGUAUAGCCGCGGAUCCAAACGCAGGAGGGGCUCUGUACCCACCAGGAUUAUUGCCGCUCAUUAACACUGCGAAUGCAUUGUUGUCUGCAGGACAGUUCAGCGACGCCGUCAAAGCCUAUAGUGAAGCGAUAGAUUUAUCGCCAACAGAUGCCUCAUUGUACUACAAGCGCGCCACAGCGCAGUUCUCCCUUAAUCGCUACGCCAAUGCUCUCACAGACUUCGACCAAGUUCUCAAUCUUACAUCCGACAGCUUCGACAGAGCACACCUCAUGAAGGCGAAAGUUCACGCAAAGGAAGGCCGGUGGGCCGACGCCCGUGAUUCGCUUCGCAAAUUCUCAGCGAAGGUCAAGAACGACAACGAUGCGAUGGCGCUUUUGCUUGAUGUUUCAGAUGGAGAAGCAGCGGCUAAGAAGGUUGUGCAGGCAGCGAAGGCGAAGCUGUGGACGGCGUGUGAGGAGGCUGCGACGGAGGCUUUGAGGACAGCUUCGCAUUCGGUGACCAUCAGGCAACAAAGAGCGUACUGUGCGAUUGCUGCUGGAGAUUUCGAACAGGCUGUUGGAGAUCUAACCCGUCUUAGCCAUAUAACAUCGCCAUCAACCGCUGCGUUCAUGCGCAUAUUCCGCCUCUCUUACUUCUACAUGCCCGCCUCCACAACCCCAAUGUCCACACUAAAGCAAUGCCUCCAUUACGACCCCGACUCAAAACCCUGUCUCACCGCUCACCGCCUCGUCAAAGCUCUCGACAAAUCCUUCAAGAAACUCGACACACUCAUGUCCUCCGAAUCCUGGCGGGCCCUCAUCGACUUCCUUCUCGGCACCGACGCGGACCACAAGACCGGUCUCCUCGGAACGUACGACGACGCGCUAGACGUUCAUGGCUCACCUGCGUUGUUGGAGCUGCCAUCGAAUGUGCUGGUAGCGAGACCGCAGAGGACCAGUCCGAGGAGACAAGAGAUGUUGAGGGCGCUAUGUCGAUCGUAUUUGCAGCUUGGACAGGCGAGGGCUGGGGAAAGGUGGUGUGACGAGUUGUUGGGUAUGUUGGGUGCUGACAAGGAUAUCGAUGGGUUACUUGGGAAGGGAGAGGCGUUACUUGUGAGAGAGGAGUGGGAGGAGGCUGUAAGAGUGUUCCAGGCGGCUAUGGACGCGAGCGGCAAUGGCAAUCGCGAGAUACAUUCAAAGCUGCAGAGGGCACAGAAGUUGCUCAAGCAGUCAAAGCAGAAAGAUUAUUACAAGGUGCUCGGAGUAUCCCGCGACGCUGAUGAGAAGACCAUCAAGAAAGCCUACCGCAAAGCCGUCAUGAAAGCACACCCGGACAAGGGCGGCUCCGAAACGAAGAUGGCGGCCGUUAACGAAGCCUACGAGACCCUCACCGACCCCGAAAAACGAUCCCGAUUCGACCAGGGCGAUGAUCCUAACGAUCCUACAGCGGGUCAGGGCGGCAGUCCAUUUGGAGGGUUCGGAGGGGGCGGCGGACAUCCGUUCUCGCAGUUCUUCCAGCAGGCCGGUAGUGGUGGUGGCGGAUUCCAGUUCCACUUUGGAGGGCAGAGGGGGCGGUGAGAUAUUGGACAGGACGGGUGGCGUGUGGCGUGCGACAUGGGGAGGCGGGGAAGGUGGGCUGGUAUCGGUGGCGGAGUCGGACGUUGUGGUUGGCUUUCCGAGUUGCGUGUAUUAUUUGUUUUUGUUUUGGCCUUGCUUUUGUCUUUUUGCUUGUAUUUGUGCAUGCCUUCUCCCUCGCAUAUCAUGGUGCUCUUCAUGGAACGCUCAUCGAAGGAUAUCUCGGUCAAGUGCCUGACGAAGUCUCAAGCUGCAGAGUUCUGUUGCGACCACGGCCUGCUGCAGCGCUACGGCUUUAUGGGGAGGAAUCUAUGUAACAUGGUAGAGCCGAACGAUUGAUUGCUUGUAUAGGCACUACUUGACGCUUGACGAUCUUACUGCUCUCGUCGUUCUUCCUCCGUCUGGC